AUGACGAGCCCAACUAUUUCUCAAUCUAGGGAAAACACGAUGGCCCUUGCUCGACAUUCAUACUCUCAGUCGUCUGUCUCCUUGCUAUCGUCUAACCACGCUACUGCCGUUGAUGUGUGCUCCACAAUGUAUGGCGAAACACACGCCAGUCCGGACGCGGUGGAACGGCUAUACGAAUCCAGUGCCAGUGAGUCCUUGAAUUUCGGCGUCCUAUUCUAUGACUCAAGUCUGGCGAUUAGUGUAAGUUCCCUUCUGCUACUCAAUCGGCACCGGUCCAACCCACAAAGAUACGAGAACCCCGUUCUGACAGCGACCUCGCGUUCUGUGAUCACCGACAUUCACCAACUUUCUCGUCACCUCAGCGUCAUCGACGUGCCUAGGCCCAUUGCUCUUCUUUGCACCUUGUUCCGGUUACAACCUCCGAGAACAGGCUUUUUGGCACGGCAUCUGGACGAGCCGUUGUUCGAGGCGUUACGAGUGUGGACCGAGAUUGGAGAUAUCUCAGAGACAGAAAGCUUCGAUGGGCAUCGGAAGACAAUAGUAGAGCACACUCUGAACGUGCUAAUCCUGCCAGGAAUCCACCGUGAUGGCCAACACCGAAUACAGGCUCCAUCAGAAUCUCUCAUACUAACGCCGGGGCCCUCAUCGCAUUCGCUUCCUACCUCGCAUCCCGCUGCACCUGGUUUGGGUAUACCAGGGACAUCCCUGACCAUUCCCUCGCCCUUGCACUUUCAACUACACAUCAUCACGCGGCUUUCGUUCAAUGAACAAGGCCGGAUAACACAUCAUCGGGACUUUUGGGACAUCAAGGAUGUGAUGGGACUAGUUCCCGGCGUGUCACUAGCUCAAUGGAUCGGGACUAGGCUCGCUGCGAGAGGGCUGACGUAUGCAGCAUCGUUUUUGUACCGACCUCUUGGAAUUGGAGCGCCUGAUGAGACAGCGUCCGCGAAGCAGCCUUUGUCUGAACAGGAUGCGAUGGAGCUCGGGAUGGUAACUGAUACGAAUGUCAAGUAA